AUGUUCAAAUCAAUUGCUCAACCAAUUAUCAAGAAGGCUAAUCAAACAACACCAAUUAAAUCUGCUGUUGUUCAAUCUAGAUUCCUCAGCAAGGUUGUUAAAGAUGCCAAGACUGCUGUUCAAGAUAUUCCUGAUGGUGCUACACUUUGUGUUGGUGGAUUUGGUUUAUCUGGUACACCACAAAAAUUGAUUGAAGCCUUGAGAGAUUUGGGUAGUAAAAAUUUAACAAUUGUUUCAAAUAAUUGUGGUGUUGAUGAUUGGGGAUUAGGAUUAUUAUUAUCUAAUGGACAAAUUAAAAGAAUGGUUUCAUCCUAUGUUGGUGAAAAUGCAACAUUUGAAAAAUUAUAUUUAGGAGGACAUUUAGAAGUUGAAUUACUUCCACAAGGUACAUUAGCUGAAAAGUUAAGAGCUGGUGGUGCUGGUAUUCCUGCAUUCUUUACACCUACUGCUGUUGGUACUGUUAUUCAAGAAGGUGGUUUUGCUAUUAAAUUUAAACCAAAUUCAAAGGAAAUUGAAAUUGCUUCUAAACCAAGAGAAGUUAGAGAAUUUAAUGGUAGAAAAUAUUUAAUGGAAGAAUGGAUUAGAGGUGAUUUUGCUUUAAUUAAGGGAUGGAAAGCUGAUGAACAUGGUAAUGUUGUUUUUAGAAGAACUGCUAGAAAUUUCAAUCCAAUGUGUGGUCAAGCUGGUAAAAUUUGUAUUGUUGAAGUUGAAGAAUUAGUUAAACCAGGUGAAAUUGAUCCAGAUCAUGUUCAUUUACCAGGUGUUUUUGUUGAUAGAAUUUAUUUAGCUGAACCAUAUGAAAAGAGAAUUGAAAAGAGAACUCUUUCUAAACCUACUGAUGCUAAUUCAUCAUCAUCAUCUUCUACUUCUUCAAAUGAUCCAUCAAAAUGGGAUACACGUGAACGUAUUGUUAGAAGAACUGCAUUAGAAUUCCAAGAUGGAAUGUAUGUUAAUUUAGGUAUUGGUAUUCCAACACUUGCAUCCAAUCAUUUACCAAAAGGUGUUACCAUUACUUUACAAUCUGAAAAUGGUAUUUUAGGUAUGGGACCAUAUCCAACACCUGGUAAUGAACAUGCUGAUUUGAUUAAUGCAGGUAAAGAAACAAUUACAACAUUACCUGGAUCAUCAACAUUUUCUUCAUCUGAUUCAUUUGGUAUUAUUAGAGGUGGUCAUAUUGAUUUGACUGUUUUGGGUGCUUUACAAGUAUCUGAAAGUGGUGAUUUAGCCAAUUGGAUUAUUCCAGGUAAAAUGGUUAAAGGUAUGGGUGGUGCUAUGGAUUUAGUUUCAUCUGGUUCACGUGUUGUUGUUACAAUGGAACAUACUGCUAAGGGUAAUUCUCCAAAGAUUUUGAAAUCAUGUUCUUUACCUUUAACUGGUAAACAAGUUGUUAAUAGAAUUAUUACUGAAUUGGCUGUAUUUGAUGUUACUCCACAAGGUUUAGUUUUAAUUGAACAUUUCCCUGGUGUUACUGUUGAUGAAAUUAAAUCAAAGACUGAAGCUAACUUUAUUGUUUCUGAUCAAUUGAAGGAAAUGCAAUUUGUUCAAUAAAUUUAUAAUUUUUAUUUAA